AUGAAUAUUGAAGAUUUUUAAGAUUAAAGUAUUGCAUUAGAUUAUAAACAACAAUUGAUUUAAAAGAGGAAUGUGAAAAUGUUGAUAUUUUAGAUAAAUGGGGGUUCGGAUAGAUAUUCAGUUGAGUAUUAGUUCAUGAAUUCUAAUUUUUUGAAUUAGGCAAGAUAUUUAAUAGAAAUUAUUUAUAUUAAGAGGAAAUCUUAAAUGAUGAAAAUCUUUAGCAUCAAGAUAUAUUUAAUUGUUAGUCAGUGGUCGAGAAAUUUUUAAUACUGUAAGUAUAUUUAUUUUCUAUGUUAUAGAAGCUUAGAAAAAGUAAAAAUUAUAGUUAAGAGUUUAAUAUUGA